AUAUCGUUCGGCUGACGUUGGGCUGACAUUGACGAGUUAUGCUAAAGUCUAUCGUAUUGGGCUUUGGUUCCAGUAUUCUUCUCUUCAGCGAUUAGCACUUCUAUACCAUGCACUCCUUAAACCCUUCCACUCUUUUAGCUUCGAGACCGUUUCAUACUACACUUCCGCCAACGCAUCCCGCUUCCUCCUCGAGCUUCGAUGAACUGGUAGAGAUCGUGAGAGAGUAUGAGGCCAACGAGAGGAAGGCCAUGACAGAAGAUGUAGCGCAUGCAAUCGUACAGCCUAUACCCUUGCGUCGGCCGAACGUGAUGUCCCUCGCGCACAUCUUGUGCCCCAAUCCUGGAGUUGUUCCGGGCCAAGCAACGGUAGAAGAGAGCAAGGACAAUGUUUCUGCACCAUCGUGGGACUGCACUGGGAGAGAGGUGUCAAGCUGGGAUGAGCCUGCAGGUAAGUGUUUUGUACAUCGUGAAGGAAACGCUUAUCAAGAAGCCACCGCUAGCGUCCUUCGAGGAUAUGGAUGUUUACCUCAACUACUUUGAUGAACAUGAGGAAGAGAUCACUCAGCCACAUUCACCCGUGCAGUCGAAUGCCUCUCCGAUGCUUGGAUGGAUACCUCCCAGUGGUUGCGAAGACAUCGAAGUCGGUCAUGAGGAUCUGUGCUCUUCACCAAUUUCAAAUUCAGUUUUACACCGCGUUCCCCGGGCAUCUGAUGAACCGGUGCAUGUCCAAACAUACCCAGCCACACGGCCUACAGACGUGAGAGCCACAUCAAAGUCAUCGGCACAUCCCCCUGCGCAGCCUCCACGAACACGAGUCGUACUCGCCUCAACUCAACGCACAGGAGCGAAGAGCAAGAGCAGAGACCGUAAAGCCAAGUCGCGGGUGUCUUGUGGGUACGCGCAACCGCCGAGGGGUGGGAUUCCUCCUGCACUGGCUCGAGAUGUGACAAAGUCCCAUGCACUGCGCGUUGAACAGGAACAUAAGCGCAUGCGUGCUGCAGCUGCGAGAGCUGGAAAAGGGAGGAAGCCCAGUGUUCUGCAGAGGGCUAGUACGGAGACUGAGGAUGGAAUGGCGAGGAUCUGUUACCUGCUGCGACGAUUAUUAGUUCACUACCCACGACGACGACUUUGAAGCAAUUAUUCUAGUCUGUGUGAUGCCAGGUGUCGAGCGAUGCCCGUC